GAGGCCCUGACUGUGGGGGCCUGGGGCCUUCUCAGGCUUCUUCGUCCCGGGCUUCCCGAAGCUCCUCAGGUUCCAGGCUCAUCACGAGCGCGUCCUCCAAAGAGCUCUCCCCGACCUGAGGAAGCACAUGGACGAGGAGCAGAUGUCCACCGGCAUCUAUACCCCAAAGUGGUUCCUGCAGUGCUUCCUCGGCCGGACCCCCUUCUCGCUCACCCUGAAGCUGUGGGAUGCCUACGUCCUCGAUGGGGAGAGGGUGCUCACGGCCAUGGCCUACACCAUCCUCAAGGUGCACAGGAAGCGCCUCCUGAAGCUGCCCCUGGAAGGGCUCCGGGAGUUCCUCCAGGACUCUCUGGCCCAGCCCUGGGCCCUGAAAGACGAGGCGGUGCUCAGACACCUUUGGGCCUCCAUGACCCAGCUCCGGAGGAUGCGGUGUGACCUGCCCCCCCCCAGCCUCGGGGACCGCAGGCCAGGGCUGGGCAGGCGAGCACCCACUGCAGGGCCCGGGCACCAGUGUGGGGAGCUGAGCACAGGGUCAGGCUGGGGGGGCCACGCGGGAGCUGUGAGGACCCCCGGAGCUCCCAGCGGGGUACACACAGCCUGCUGGAGACGCUGA